AUGAUGGUUCGCGUUCUGUGUUUUUUACUCCUCUCCUGGUUGGUAGCUGCCGAUCAGGAGGAGGCUGAAGGUGGAAAGUGUGAGAGGAUCAAAUUGUCACAAUGCCAGGAUCUGCGAUACAACUGGACGGCGAUGCCCAACCUAAUGGGGCACAGGGACCAGAAGGAAGCUGAAGAAGCGAUGUCACUGUUCACGGGAAUCCUCUCGAGCGAGUGUUCGCCGCACGCGCGCUUCCUGCUCUGCUCAGCCUUCGCCCCACUGUGUUCCGAAGACGUCUCGGGCACAAUUAGUGCCUGUCGAUCCGUCUGCGAGAAGGUCAUCGAAGACUGCAAAGAGCAGAUCAAAACUCUCCCUGCCACCGUCGUACUCGACUGCUCCGCCUUCCCUCUUAGACCCGACAGAAGGUUAUGCAUGAGACCGCCGAACGCCAGCGAGCUAGAACAGGAACCACCGCCGCCUCCGCGUUGGCCUUUCCACGAUCACGAUAUCCGGGAGCACGGCUGCCCACCGGCGCACACGAGAGCCCCGACAGGGGAGUGUUGGCCAGCUUGCGACCAGCACGCUCGGUACACCGAGUCCGACAAACAUACCGCAGAGAUUUCAAUGACUACGCUAGCCUGGAUCUCUCUUCUCUCCACUUCCUUCGCUUUAGUGACGUUUUGCGCGGAGCCUUCGAGGUAUCGUUACCCAGAGCGGCCCAUGGUGUGGAUGGCGGCGUGUCACGCCAUCGUAGCACUCGUUCACGUGACGAGGGGCUGGCUCGGCGCUAAGCUAGUCUCGUGUUCCGGUUCCACGCUUGCCGUAGAUGGAUUAGCGUCGCCGACCUGCGUCGCUUUCUUCUCUUUAACGUAUUACUUUACCUUAGCGGCAGAUGCGUGGUUCGCGAACGCAUGCGUUGCAUGGUAUUUAACCGCUGCAAGCGAAUGGUCCACAGAAGCGCUGGAACGCGCCGCGGCGUAUCUCCACGCGGUCGCUUGGGGCUGGGCGGGCGCCUGGACUGCAGCGGCUUUAGCGCUACGAAGAGUGACGGCAGACGAACUGACUGGCACGUGUGGCAUUUCUGAUACAGCGGCCGCAGCGUUAAUUGGAGUGCCCCGAGGUGCUUUAUUAGUCACAUCCGUGGCGUUGGCGAUCGGAGCGUGCCCCGGGAUAAUGAGGGUGCGAAGGGCGUUGGAUUCCAGAGGCGCAAAGCGCGUAGGAAGACUAGCGGUCCGAGCGGCUGUAGGUGGACUUUUCUACUUAUUAUUGGCCGGUUUCGCAACCGGAGUGAAAGUUAUCGAAGCCAGAAACAGGGAAAUACAAUCCAAGCUGGCGUUAUUUGCCGCGCUAGAGGCGGGAAACCAAGAGGAUACGGCGGGAUCGAGCGGUGUAUCCGUUUGCUUGUGGUUGUCAUGUGGCAUCGCGGCCGGAGCGUGGGCGUGGUCACGAAAGUCGGCCCUAGUGUGGAGGAAGGCCCUCUGCCCUCCGCGCAAGGCCCCGUGUUGUGCCCCACCCUUACUGAGAACUCAUCAUCCAUAUUACAAACGGCCCUUGACCGUUUCUAGGGUGUAA